CCCCUACUACCACGUGACGUUGAGCUUGGCGUUGGCAACUGGUAGCUCGACUGUCAAAUUUCCCCUAUCAAACCUCCUUCUCUCGCUCUGAGUCACUUCACUUCGAUCUCAGUUCUUCCUGAGCGGCGCGUAUUGAAACAAAUCAUAUUCCUUAUCCAGCUCUGAGGGGUUUUCAUCUAAUUAUUUGCGCGAGUGAGAAAUUGUAAUGUUGUGGCCUCAGUAUGAUAAAAAGUUAGGGUUUAGGGAAUUUAGCGGAGGUGUGUUGAUCCGGGCUUAAGGAUUGAGACAAGACUUUGAACAACAUGAAUUACCUUAUUGGUGCUUUCAAGCCGUCGUGUAGUAUUUCAAUCACAUUUACUGAUGGGAAAACUCGCAAGCAGGUUCCUAUAAAGAAGGAAAAUGGUCAAACAGUUAUGGUCCCACUUUUUCAAAGCCAAGAAAAUAUUGCUGGGAAGAUUUCUGUAGAACCAGUUCAAGGAAAGAAGGUCGAACACAAUGGUGUGAAAAUUGAGCUCCUCGGUCAAAUAGAGAUGUACUUCGACAGAGGAAACUUUUAUGACUUCACUUCCCUUGUUCGUGAAUUGGACGUUCCUGGAGAAAUAUAUGAAAGGAAAACAUAUCCGUUCGAAUUUUCCACUGUUGAAAUGCCAUACGAGACAUACAAUGGGGUGAAUGUAAGGCUCAGAUAUGUCCUGAAAGUGACUGUAAGUCGUGGUUAUGCUGGAAGCAUAAUUGAGUACCAGGACUUCAUGGUUCGUAACUAUUCCCCAUCUCCACCAAUCAACAACAGCAUCAAGAUGGAAGUUGGAAUUGAAGAUUGCCUACACAUUGAGUUCGAGUAUAAUAAAAGCAAGUAUCAUCUAAAAGAUGUAAUCAUUGGGAAGAUAUAUUUCCUUCUUGUAAGAAUCAAGAUAAAAAAUAUGGACCUUGAAAUCAGGCGCAGAGAAUCUACAGGAUCAGGGGCCAAUACGCAUGUUGAGACAGAGACACUUGCUAAAUUUGAGUUGAUGGAUGGUGCUCCAGUCAGGGGUGAAUCAAUACCAAUCAGGCUGUUUCUAAGUCCUUAUGAACUGACCCCAACACAUCGCAACAUUAACAAUAAGUUCAGUGUAAAGUAUUAUUUAAACCUGGUUUUGGUUGAUGAGGAGGACCGCCGGUAUUUUAAGCAGCAGGAGGUUACAAUAUACAGGCUGCAAGAAACUUCGUGAUUUGAGCAUUGUACACAUGUCAUUACUGCAAGACAUUUGGAUGAUACAAGAUUAAACUGCUCGUCUGCCUUAUGACACCUUGUAAAGUGGUGAACCAUUGUAUGCUUGCUUGGUCACAUGUUUGUUCAGAAAUGUUCCAAUUUGUGUUGUGUACAAGAGACAGAUAAGGGGUGUGUGGCAUCUGUUUUUUGAAUUUUCUGGAAAACAAUAAUUAAAGAGGGAAUCUGAUUGUUUUCUCAGUGGGGUUGGGUUCAAAUAGGAAUGGGAAACCAUUAAAGAGGGGCCCGUGAGCCCUUUGUUGGAUGUUUGAUUGGGUUAAGUGUUUUGUUUUUGUAUCUGUUGUUGACACUUGAUACUGCGCUUGGUGGUGAUGUUAUUUCCUUUAUUUAUGAAUCUGUUAUUUUCUGCAUUA